AAUUGUAGAGUAUAAGAGCUAACACACUUAAAAACUUUGAAGUGUGUGAGCUACAUGCUUAUCCUCUCUGGUCAGUCUCAUAGUUGGAUGAAUAAGUUCACUUUCUCUUAUUUCCACCAUCCAAAGUUAGACUCCUGUUUAUGUCACAUUUUAGUAACGUUUUUACAAGAUGUAAACCUCUGUACCUGUGGAGGUACCUGAGACCUUUUAUGAUCCAGCCUGCUGAGUACUUUGACGUGGAGGUGGUGACCCUACAACUGUUUUACACAACAUGAGGAUGAAUAACUAACAGCAAAAACAGAAUUAAAUAGCCACCAAAAUAUCAAUAUCAGCAUCAUUUAACAGCCAAACUGUUAACUGAAACAGCCCAGGUUUUCAGUCCAUCUUCAACAGAUUCCUCAGAAGGGGAAUGAGCAGCGUAUCGUGCAGGUGAAGGUAAAACGGCGGUGCGACUGAAUGUGGAGCUGAAUUCACCUGCUCUGUGUCCGUUAAGAAACUACAAAUGAUGUCUGAACAAAAGUAUGCAGAGCAGUCAAAGUCUGUGAAGAGUUCUAUCAGGAAUCAUCAGAGAACAGGAUCGUCUGACACAAACUGUUUUUCCAUCAAGAGUGACCGAUCCAUAAAUGAACCCAUUUAUUUUGAUGUUGAACAUUUAAAGGCAGAUCAAAGGAUCCAGCAGCAGAGACCAGACUCUGCUGGACUGAGCUCUGUUCCCAUGGAGAGUGAUGAGUCAAUGUAUGAACCUACUUACGCUGGACACCAUUUAAAAGCAGAUUGGAUUUAUCCACAGGCAGAGAACUCUCCCGAAGCCAGCUUUACAACUUUGAAGAGUGACCACUCUGUGCAUCAACCUACUUAUUGUGGACACGACCCAGCUUAUCACAGAAUUAACCAGGACACAUCAGAUCAAUCUGAGCACAAAAAUCACCUGGACUCCGUGUUUAUGCUCCUUGAGAAAAAAAUUGUCACAUUUAUGAAAAAUGAGCUAAAGGAGUUCCAGAGGUUUCUGAGUCAGAGGCUGGAUGAUGAUGAGACAGUGAUGUAUGAGGAUAAAGAGAAGAGAAGCAGCAGGGAGGCAUUUCUGAAGAUCACACUACACUUUCUGAGGAGAAUGAAUGAGGAGGAGCUGGCUCACCGUCUUCAAAGCAGAACUCAUGCUGAAGUUGGCAAACGUAAACUAAAAUCCAAGUUGAAGAAGAAGUUCCAGUGUGUGUUUGAGGGGAUCGCUAAAGCAGGAAACCCAACCCUUCUGAAUCAGAUCUACACAGAGCUCUACAUCACAGAGGGAGGGACUGCAGAGGUCAAUGAUGAACAUGAGGUCAGACAGAUUGAAACAGCAUCCAGGAAACCAGACAGACCAGAAACACCAAUCAGACAAGAAGACAUCUUUAAAGCCUCACCUGGAAGAGAUGAACCAAUCAGAACAGUGCUGACAAAGGGAGUGGCUGGCAUUGGGAAAACAGUCUUAACACAGAAAUACACCCUGGACUGGGCUGAAGACAAAGCCAACCGGGACAUCCAGUUCAUAUUUCCAUUCACUUUCAGAGAGCUGAAUGUGCUGAAAGAGGAAAAGUUCAGCUUGGUGGAACUUGUUCAUCACUUCUUUACCGAAACCAAAGAAGUAGGAAUCUGCAGCUUUGAAGACUUCCAGGUUGUGUUCAUCUUUGAUGGUCUGGAUGAGUGUCGACUUCCUCUGGACUUCCACAAAACUACAAUCCUAACUGACCCUAGAAAGUCCACCUCAGUGGAUGUGCUGCUGAUAAACCUCAUCAGGGGGAAACUGCUUCCCUCUGCUCGCCUCUGGAUAACCACACGACCUGCAGCAACCAAUCAGAUCCCUCCUGACUGUGUUGGCAUGGUGACAGAGGCCAGAGGGUUCACUGACCCACAAAAGGAGGAGUACUUCAGGAAGAGAUUCAGAGAUGAGGAGCAGGCCAGCAGGAUCAUCUCCCACAUCAAGACAUCACGAAGCCUCCACAUCAUGUGCCACAUCCCAGUCUUCUGCUGGAUCACUGCUACAGUUCUGGAGGAUGUGCUGAAAACCAGAGAGGGGGGAGCGCUGCCCAAGACCCUGACUGAGAUGUACAUCCACUUCCUGGUGGUUUAAACUAAAAUGGCAAUUGUCAAAUAUGAUGGAAAACGUGAAACAGAUCCAAUUUGGAUUAAGAAGAGCAGGAUGAUGAUUGAGUCUCUGGGAAAAUUGGCUUUUGAUCAGUUGCAGAAAGGAAACCUGAUCUUCUAUGAAUCAGACCUGACAGAGUGUGGUAUCGAUAUCAGAGCAGCCUCAGUGUACUCAGGAGUGUUCACACAGAUUUUUAGAGAGGAGAGAGGACUGUACCAGGACAAGGUGUUCUGCUUCAUCCAUCUGAGUGUUCAGGAGUUUCUGGCUGCUCUUCAUGUCCAUCUGACCUUCAUCAACUCUGGAGUCAACCUGCUGGAAGAUCAACAAGCAAAUUUCAACAAUAUCAAUGUAUUUAAAGACAUACCUAAGCUGAAACAUCUUUACCAGAGUGCUGUGGAUAAGGCCUUGGAGAGUCCAAAUGGACACCUGGACUUGUUUCUCCGCUUUCUCCUGGGUCUUUCACUGCAGACCAAUCAGACUCUCCUACAAGGCCUUCUGACACAGACAGGAAGUAACCCAUCAACCAGACAUAAAACUGUUGAAUUUAUCACCAAGAAGAUCGGAGGAAAUCUGUCUACAGAGAAAAGCAUCAAUCUGUUCCACUGUCUGAUUGAACUGAAUGAUCGUUCUUUAAUGAAGGACAUCCAAAACUCUCUGGUUUUAGGACGUCUGUCCACAGAUAAACUGUCUUCUGCUCAGUGGUCAGCUCUGGUCUUCAUCUUACUGUCAUCAGAAAAAGAUCUGGAUGUGUUUGACCUGAAGAAAUACUCUGCAUCAGAGGAGGCUCUUCUGAGGCUGCUGCCAAUGGUCAAAGCCUCCAACAAAGCUCUGCUGUGUGACUGUAAUUUGACAGAGAACAGUUGUGAAGCUCUGUCCUCAGUUCUCAGCUCUCAGUCAUGUAGGCUGAGAGAACUGGACCUGAGUAACAACAACCUAAAGGAUUCUGGGGUGAAGCUGUUGGCUGCUGGAGUAAAGAGUCCACACUGCAGGCUGGAAUCUCUCAGGCUAUCAGGUUGUCUAAUCACAGAGGAAGGUUGUGCUUCUCUAGCUUCAGCACUGAGCUCAAACCCCUCCUAUGUGAGAGAGCUGGAUCUGCGUAAUAACAGCCUGCAGGACUCAGGAGUGAAUUUGCUGCUUGCAGGAUUGGAGGAUCCAUAUUGGAGGCUUGAUAUUCUCAGGGUGGACAGUGGUGGAGAGUGGAAGGUAACUCUUGGUCUAAGGAAAUUUGCUUGUGAGCUAACAUUGGACCUGAACACCACACACAAAAACCUGAAACUGUUUAACAACAACAGGAGGAUGAAAGUACUGAAGCAGCAGCAGCAGCCUUAUCCUGAUCACCCAGAGAGAUUUGAUAUGUUUUGCCAAGUGCUGUGUAAAAAUGGCCUGGCUGGUCGUUGUUACUGGGAAGUUGAGUGGGAAGGAAAUGUUAACAUAGCAGUGAUUCACAGAGGGAUCCCAAGGAAAGGCUACAGCAGGGCUUCCAGGUUUGGAGGGAAUGAUCAGUCCUGGAGUUUGACCUGCUCUGAUGACGGUUACUCUGUCUGGCACAAUGAUAAAGAAACAUCCAUCUCCUCCUCCUCUAUCUCUAACAGAGUAGCUGUGUAUGUGGACUGUCCUGCUGGGACUCUGUCCUUCUACAGAGUCUCUUCCGACACUCUGAUCCACCUCCACACCUUCUCCAUCACAUUUACCCAACUUCUCUAUCCUGGGUUUAUAGUCUGGGAUGGUUCAGUCACUCUUUGUUCAGUGACAGAAUCAGACUGCUGACUGAAAAUCAAAGUUUUUAAAAUCAGGCUCACCAAUAAACAUCCCAGUUUGACACCAAGAUUAAUCAGUGUUAGUUUCAAAAUAUGACUCCAGGGGGCCCAGGGUCAAGAGAGGGACAGCAGAUAUAACCACUGGGCCUGAACACAAUGACCUCGCCUUCAGUCUUACUUUUAUUGAAAUUUAAAAAUUUAAGGGCAUUUUUCAUCAAAGACCAUUUUGCUGGCUAAUUUACUAUCACUUGAUGAUGCUGUUCUGUGAAACGAUGCAUACGAGCCAUGUGCAAUUCCAAACAAAACUACUUAUCAUACCAGACUGUUAAUAAUGGUGAUGAACAGAUGUUUUUGAGAAAUCCACAGACAGGAAAGAAAAAUAUUGAGACUGUUAAAGACAGCAAGCUGUGAUCAGUAAUAAGUGUGCUUCAACAAAUUUCUCCCUCUAGUAACAUUUCUGUUGUUCACAACAAAUCAAUGUGUAAAGUAAAACAUGUGUUUAAUAUAAUAUCUACAUAGGUUUACAGCAUUAUUUUGUUCACAGCCCUGAAACUUUGGAUAUGUUUGGUUGAUUUUUAAGCUUUCUAGAGGUUCAUAUGAUUAGGUUUGCUCUACACAUUGUCAAGGAAAGCUAGAAGCUCAUUUACCACACAGUAGUCCACACAGAACUGUAUAGACCCAUCUUUCUUCAUCACAAGAACUAUGGGGCUAGGGAUAGGGUUAGGUGUGCCCAUUCCAUCCAAAUCCCCUGGGUGAGCAGGGUGAUGAGAGCUCAGUGGUUCCUGUAGAAAAACUCAAUGAUUUCAAACAAACUGUGCUGUUGUAUCUGAUAAGGAUGAUUGAUUUUGCAGCAAAAGAAUAACUCUUCUUUAUACUUCUGCAAUGCAAUCCUCAGGAGAUGGAAGGUUGUAGUUUUAAUGUUUGCUGUUUCCUGCGAUUUACACAGAUGUGAAGAUGGAGGAGGGGUCUGUAAUAAAAAUGCUGGAGGGGGAGAAUCAGGAGCUCCCACAAUGCAAUGGGUCGUGUCUGCAAAAAGAAGUCCAUACAUCCUCAUUUCAAUUAAAAAAAAAAUGCUUUUAUCUCUCUUUGUUAUCUAAGUUCAGCUACCAAUCACAACCACAUUCAUCCUCAUGCAAAAGCUCUUCACAAUAAAACAGGAUACUUGUAAAAAUGAUCCAUACAAAAUGUAAAUGCUGUUUUAAACUUAUGAAACACAUUUUUUCAUAAGUUUAAAAAAGCAAAAGGAAAAUACUUUAACAAUUAUUACUUUACAUUUUAACAUAGAUUUCAACGUUUUUG